CCUGUCUGUCUGCUCACCUGUUCAUACAUCGAUCAGUUCAGAAUUUACGACAUGAUUCUGAAGCACGAAUACGUGGGAAUCGACUCUGACGCGCAUCAUCCGGGGAUCACAGUGGAAACUAUGCGUUUGUUCGUGUUGAGCAUCAUGUCUCCUCUCAGCUGUGAUCUACUGUGAGUUCAUGGCCUCUGAUGGGUCUCCAGUCAGAGAUGCUCAAGAAAAGCAGAAGAAGAAGAAAAAGAAGAAAGCGGAUCGGAGCGGGACAGACAGAGCUGAAGUGGAGGAGACAGACGUUCAGCUGGAGAUCGAGAGACUGACUGCAGCUGGACAUGCAGCUCUGCAGAGAGGAGACAAUAACACAGCGCUGCAGAGUUUCAAGAGCGCAUUAAAAUCUGCCACUAAGCUCAGAGAGAAGAGACUGCAGCGAACAUGUGCGUUUAAUCUGGGUGCGGCGUACGUGGAGGCGGGCGAGCCUCAGAAGGGGCUGGACGUCCUGUCGCGCACACAGCCGGGCGAGAGAGGUGAGCGGAUCGCAGACCUGCAAUUUAACCUGGCCACGGCCCAAGAGGCGCUGGGAGACCUAACGCAGGCCGCACAACACUAUCUGCAGGCCGCGCAGCUGUACCGAUCACAGGGAGAUGCUGGAGCUGAGGGAGACACGUGUGUCAGACUCGCACACUGCCACCUGCUGAGAAAGGAGUGGGACGAGGCUGCAGUGAGUUUCCAGCGAGCCGCUGAGAGUUAUAAACUAGCGGGAAACACAUCUGCAGCUGCACUGGCACUGAAGGAUGCUGGAAAACACAUGCUGCAGAGCGGCCGCAGCUCCAGCGAAGACAUCAUCAGCGUGCUGACCGACAGCCUGGAGAUGAGCAGCAGCAUUGGCGAUCAGCAGACGCUGGGGAAGCUGCUGAGUGACGUGGCUCUGAGUUUCUCUCAGAUGAGGCUGUUCUCCGAGGCGUCGCAGUGUUACGAGCAGGCGCUUCCUCUGAUCUCGUCCAAACCACACAGACUGGCUGUGGUUCUGCAGAAUCUAGGCGCCGUCUAUAACAGUUUGAGUCAGUACCAGCAGUCCCUGAGAUUCCACAGAGAGGCAGCGGCACUCCAUGGCCUUCUGGGCAGUCGCAGAGAUCAGGGUCGGUGCUUUAGUAAUCUGGGAUUCGCUCUGGUGGAGUUGGGAGAGCUGGAAGAGGCGUGGGAGAGUUACCUACACGCACAACAGGCCUUCAGAGACACCGAUGACCCAACUGGUCAGUGGCAGGCCUGUGAGGGUCUCGGUGGGAUCAAAUUACAGAUGAGGGACCCAGAAAAAGCCGCCAUGUACUAUAAAGAUGCUCUUCAACUGCUGUGCAAAUGUCGGGACGUGUCUGGUUCAGUGCAGGAGCGUCUGGUCAGUGAACUGAGUGAAGCGUUACAGCAGAAGCUGCUCCUGCAGCAGAGAGGAGCAGCAUCACAACGAACCGCCCAUCAUACCCGACGACAGCCACGGACGAUGGCUGUGAGAUCUGACAUCCAGCAGUGGAGGAGAGAGAUGCAGAACGGAGAGAACGCACACAUAGACGGGAAGCAGCACAGCCAAACCAUCACGUCAUCAGAGACACACCUGCAGCAGGAAGAACAAGCUGAUCAUCACAACACACUUCCAGAGGCCAACAGGAAUCUGAAUAACACGUAUGAUAAAGCAGAGGUGAAUCAGCAGAUCGUUCCAUCAGAGUCCUCAGGAUCAGCAGCACACGGCGAUGUGUCUGCUGAAUCUGUGAAGCCGAGGCCGGUACAGAUGAAUGGCAAACACCCAUUGGUCAGGAGCACAGUGACUCCGCCCCUCACUCCACCUGACAGCCAUGAGGCCACGCCCCUGAUGAGGAGACUGAGGUCCAGAUUCUGCACAGUCAUGUGACACAAAGGAUAAUAUCUCCACUGGAAAGAGCUUUUCUAGUUUUUUAGGAAUUGUGUUUGCCACAGCGAUGCUUCCAGACCACAAACACAAGGAUUCAAGACUCAACAUGAACAAAACUGAAGCAGGAACUAAAAUCUCCAGAGGAGCUGCACCUGCGCUAGUGGACGCGUCUGAUAAAUCACAUGAACAUAUUAAAAUGAGACAUUUUCAAGGGUGGAUGAGAUGCCCUGAACUCUUGUGAUGCCAACUGUGUGAUCAUAAAUCAUGUAUUAUUUCAUGCAGUAUUUCUGUAUUUCAGCAGGGGAAAAUGUCUUCUCAUUAUUGUCUCAUUUCACUCUUAACACUUUCACCAGUUUUAUCAAACAUCCUGAGUGAAUCUCUCUGCCUCAUCCAAGAUUAUGGCACCUACUGCACUGAUAAUAGCAAAAUAAAUUUUAUAUCAAAACUUUUAUCAGUCAGUAAAAUUAUUUUCCACACAAACACUUCUUAUGU